AUGAGUAAAACACAACUACAAACUAAACCACACGAAAUCGAAAUAGAAUACUUGAAAAAAAAAAUAGAAGAGAGAUAUUCACCACUUAUCAACAACGACACGGACAAAACUAAUGUACUGUUUAGACUUCAAUCAAAUUCAAAUAUGAAUCUCUCCUUCGACGUCUUAAAACUUUGCAUUGAAAAUGGUGUUUUAAUAGACGAGACAUCUCCAUCGGUCAUUGCUGAGGACAGAAAAUAUAACGCCUUAAAAACAGCCGUAGAAAAUUUGAAAGAAGAAAAGGUCGUAACGUCGUACAACGAAAUUCAAGAUUUAAUCAAACAAAGCAACGUAGUUUUAAAAAAAUAUCGUAAAGAACUCAAAGAUAUUAAACAGCCAGUUCAAUCCGACUCCAAGAUAGUAGCAACGCUUGUUGAAAAAUAUUUAAAAUAG